CCCUAUUCAAAACAAAAAGUAAAUAAGAGUCAUCUUGCGCCACGUUCUUCCGCCGAUAUAGCCCUGCGACAGAGCUAAGACUAGGUAUCUUCCGAGUCAUGAAGCGGCAUUAUCUGCAGACUGCUUCCGACUUCCCACAGAAACGUCAGCUAUCACCCUCUCCACCAGGCUUAGCGCAAACCAGCGCCUUGUCAGCAUCCAACAACCAACCUGCGUCUACUUCGACAAUAAUCAAACCCCUUGUUCGGAAUUCGGGCCGUGAAACCCGUCCGCGUCAGCCUUAUCGAUCUCGUGCCUGUGAUGCAUGUCGUGCUUUGAAGGUGCGCUGUGAACCGCACCCGAAUCCUGCCGUUGAACCAUGCCACAAGUGUGCAAACUUAGGUAGGACCUGUGUCAUUACACCACGCAAUCGAAAGCGAAAAAAGAGGACAGACACUCGCGUAGCCGAGCUGGAAGCAAGAAUUGACGUUCUCGUGAACAGCCUGCGGGCGUCUGGCGACGAGUCACAGCAGGGAUCCCGCCCAGGCGAGAACUAUCAAGCGCGGACCUUACAGGGCAGCAAUGAACGAGAUACUUCGAUAAACCGUUCGGUAUCGCCGUCUACUAACAAAUAUUACUCCCAUGCACAGCCGGGGCAUGCCCCUACACAAUGGCGUCAUGCAGACAGCACUCCCUCACGGCCCGUUUCAGCGGUCGACCAACCUGUGUCUUCCCUCGAUACGAACACAGAACACGGUGUCAGCGAUAUAUUCAGUGAUAGCCGCCCCGAUGCCAUUGAACGUGGUGUAGUCGACGUGCAAUCAGCGAAGAUGGCCUUUCAGCGUUAUGUUUCUGAAUUAUCAACCAUCCUACCUAUUGUGAUAUUCCCACCGCAAACAAAAUUUGAAGAUGUUAGAUUUAAUAAGCCGAUUCUUUUUUGGGCUAUUGUGGCCGUGUCAAUCGAUACAAUCAAGCCAAAUAUCCGCCCUGUAUUAAUGAAAGAGACCUACCGAACAUUUGGUAAACUCGUUUUCAUCGGUGGACAAAAGUCCAUCGAGAUCGUUCAAGCCUUGAUCGUCUGUUGUCUAUGGUACAGACCUCCGGCUCGUAUUGAAGAGAUUAACGUGUAUCAGUUAGUACACAGUGGUGUCGCUAUGGCAAUGGACCUAGGAUUGGAUAAAUUGGCACCGAAAACAAAGCUUCCGUUACGAUCAGCGCAAGAGUCAAUUAGGCGUUAUUACAUGCCAAACAAUCACAAUGCAAUAGAGGCUAGACGAACUUGGCUGGGUAUGUAUUUUCUAUCCGUCCAGGUCUCAGUAUCACUAAAGAGAACAUUUCUGGUUCGAUGGAACCACCACAUGGAUGACUGCGUGGAAGCCAUGGAAACUUCUCCUGAAUUACUCCCUUCUGAUGCUGUUCUACUUCACUGGAUAAAGCUUGCCCAUAUUUUGGAGCAAGUAGGCAUCCAGUUUUCAAUAGAGGACACAACUGCUAGUUUGAAACUUGAGGAUUGUAGGUUUCAAUACUCCCUCAAAGCGUAUGAGAAAAUGCUUCAACAGUGGCGAGAAGGCAUUUCCAAAAUAGCAAUCUCCCAAAUUCAGAAAACCCUCUUUGAACAGAGUAUAUAUAUUGUCAGAAUCCAUAUGCAUGAGGCGGCUUUGCAUUUCGAGUUGGAUGAUAUUGUUUCUCGACAGGCGGAGGAUCGGAGGCUUGUUGACAUGAAAAGUAGGGAUCGAAUUAAUAGCCUGAUCACUUGUGUGACUUCUAUUCACAAAGCCCUCGACCUUGCCUUAUCAUUGGACGUCGAAUGCAUAAUUACCGUCCCCGGUCUUUUUAUGGCUAGAGUCGGCUAUUGUGCCGUUAAUCUCAUAAAGCUGAGCGUGAUCGCCUCUAAACCGGAGUCUCACACAAGAGGCAUUUAUGAUGUCGCGGACCUGCAAGCCGAAUACUACGUGGAGAAAAUCGAAGAACGCCUGAGAACUGCGGGAAACAUCAACGGUGGGCAACCUUUUUCUCGAGUUGCGAAGAUAAUCAAUACGCUCAAGAUAUGGUUUCUUAAACCUGGAGGUGCUAAAAUACCGCUUGAUGAAGCCAUUGCCAUCCUGUCAUUCCCAAGGCAUAUUACAAGCGUCAUCAGCGAUCUGUUUCAGACGACGGCUCAGGAGCAAAACGAUCAAGAUGCCAAGUCUUCCAGAAAAGCCCAUUCCACAAGCAAACUAUCAGAUUCUUCGUUCCCCUGGACAUCUACCCGACAUGAUAGUUUGGGACAAGAGGACAGACCAAAUCCCCAAGAUCCUCCACCGACUUGUCCCUCGACAAAUAUAAACAAUGCUCAUUAUUGCAAUAAUGAAUGCAAUCUCUACCAUUUUGAAAAUACAGCCGCGGAACCAAUUGGCCUGCAAACACAUCCGGACAUGGAGCAUUUAUAUUACAUCGGAGCGCUGGUCGAUAAUGGAUUUUUGCAAAUGCCAACUUCCAUUGAUGACUUCAUGGGAUUCUUCUAAAAUUCAGGAUGUGAGAAUCGACUAAAUUUGCUGACUUUGCGAAUAUAUAACUGAGUAUUAACCGUUUCCCCGAACCAUUCUUACAGGAGCGAUGACAAGCUCUGAGUCUAAAAAACGGGGCUAAGGAAUAAAUGACAUUUUGAGCAAACAAACGCCUAUUUUUAUUGUGAUAUUAGACUUGAU